AUGGAAUUUAAGGAUGGUCGAACUGUGCGGUUUUGGUCUGAUAAGUGGCUUUCUAAGGGUCGUCUCAUUGAGAUUGCUGAUGAAAUUGGCAUGCAAAAGUUGGGUAUUAGUAGGGAGACAAGGAUCUGUGAUGUUCUUCGUGAUGAUGAAUGGAGAUUCCGUAGAUGUCGAGAAAGACAAAUCCAGAGCUUGGUAGCUGAGAUUCAAGGGUUUCAACGUAAACUAACUGAUGGAAAAGCUGGUAUUGUUGACUUUGGCACCACAUUUGUCUCCACAGAAACUUGGAAUCAAAUCAGGCAGCAGAAGGAGAAAGUUUUGUGGAGUAAAAUUGUGUGGUUUCCUCAAGGUGUUCCACGUUUUGGGUUUAUCCCUUGGCUUGCAAUCAGAGAUAGGCUCUCCACUGGUCACCGCUCUAGUGUUUGGGGCCAGCCGCAACACUGCCUCUACUCUGGUGAGCUUGAUGAGACUAAGGAUCACCUUUUUUUUGCUUGUCCUUACACCUUCACGCUCUGGCUGAAGACGGUAGGUAACCUGCUCGGGACUGAUCCAGACCCUGACUUGAAUACCACACUGUCUACACUGAUGACAGGAUCCUACGAUCGCCUCACAUUCAUUCUUCUGAGACUGGUCUUGCAAGCCACUAUCUAG